AUGAUCACUGCUGGUUUCGCCUGGGCUACGGCCAACGGUCUGGUGAGGAAAAACCCCAUCCACCAGGAAGAGGAAGCUAAGUUGAUUAUCUCCGAAACUUUCGAACUCCAAGACCAGACUGGCACCGAAAUCAAUCUUUCUGGCAGCUUCGAAGCUGAGGACGAGUCCGGCUUCCUCCUCCAGCAGGAUGCACCCAGCAUCGAGUCGUCCCUGGCCGAGAUCGCCCGCGGAACCUCAGAUGCCGCCCCGGAGGAAGCUCCCACAGCAGGGCAGGCUGCAUCCUUUAAGCUGGUGUUUCCGACCCUCGCGCAGAACGCUUCGGCUACUUCGUUGUUGGCAAGUUUCCUGGAGGUGCUGGGGCGAAAGAUCGAUGCCUGUGAGGACAAGCUGGAGGAAGUCCAGAACAGCAGAGCUGCUUCGCUUCGUGACCAGAUGAUUGUCAUCAUGAAAGACAUGAAGUCAAAGUACGACGACCUGACUGCCAAACAGGCAGAGUCUGUCACGACGACUCCCGACAAGGCCUUCAACGACGAUCUGUUGCGAAAGUACGCCGAAAUCACCAAGCAGGACGUGGUGCUUGGCAACUACGUGAUCAGGGCUCGGUCCAUGACCAAGAAGGGCGGCUCGUCGUCCAAGGCUCCUUCCGUGGCCGGUGCUGCCAAGGGCAAGCCCAAGGACAAGAAAAUCAAGAAGGAGGAAGGCCAGACAUGGGAUUUGUUCAGGUUUGCAGCAGAUGGGCCAUCCGGCUCCGAGUUCGACGAUGACCUGGCCGACGAGCUGUUUACGGGCUUCGAGCAGGGAGCAGAGAGCGCUAGACGAGUGACUCGCCUGGCGAGUGUUGCAAACAACAAGCUGAAGAAGCAUGGACUCUUGGACCCUGUGCUUUCAUUACUGGCGGGUUGUGGGCAGAACAAGAAGAACCAAUGCCGAAACUUGCAUAAGCUGGUACACAAACAGGGGUACACAAUACCAAUCAAGAUCGACUCUGUGGAGACGCCGGUGAGAGUCCUUUCCGGAAAGCCUCGUGUUGCUGUUGUGCCGUAUCCCGUGAUACAUCUGUCAGAAUGGGCUGGCUAUUUGUUGAACUCCAAGGGAUACGAGAAAGCAUUAUUGGCAGGUAACAGACUAGCCGACGAAAAGAAUUGGAGACACACGUUCUCGUCCUUCUGGAAAAGAUAUCGGAAAGUCCGACCCCAUCUGGAACUGUUUUCUGAUUCAGAUAUCGAUCUCAGCAUGUGUAUCCCGUAUGGGCUCCAUGGUGAUGAAGGGCGAGGCAAGCUGAAGCGCCCGAUUAUGUGCUUGAGUUUCCAGCACUCAUUCACUACACGCCUUCUUUACUCCGUCAUCCCAAGUGAACUCUAUGUUGGGGACAGAACGCUGGAUACCCUCCAUGCGGCAAUGACUGAAGACUUGCUGCAGCUGUAUCACGAUGGAAUCACAGUUGCUUGGCUUGGUGCUGCAAGUUUUGAAUGGGAAUGUCGGAGCUUUAGCUCUAUUUACUAUACCUGA